AUGAAAAAAUCAGAUAUAGAAAAUUACAGUGGAGGUUCAGAUCAAAGCAUUCAAGACCCUGAUAAGGUUUUUCAAAAGACCCCAAGUUCAAAAAUCAAGGUAAUCAUCAGCGAAAAUAAAUUGGCAUCUGGAACUGUACCGACAGUGUUUGGUGGAAUCGAACGCUUCUAUGAUAACCAAGAGGAUAUAAAACAACGACAACAACUUGAUUUCUUAAAAGUCUCGCAGAAAUUCGACUCCAUUCCUGCGGCGAUUGAAAAUCUGGACGACAUGGCUGACAACAUAGAUAACGCUACAGGGUACAACGAUGCCAGUUGCAGCUUCUCUUUCAUAGACGUAGCAGGGAAAUUCGAAGAUCUAAACAUAGCCGGCAAUUUAAAUCACCAAAACAACGUGAACGAUUCAAAGUUGAAUCUCUUCAAUCUCGAAAACGAUAAUAUUUAUGAUGAACACACGCCUGGAUUCAGCAGUAGUAAUCCGUAUUUUAGCGGAACUUACGUCACCACCUCGGAUAGCAAUGAAAGUCUGGAAGAUACGCGCAAUAUUAACACGCAAACUAGAAUUGGUGAUGAUUUCCUUAACUUCAACGAUUUCGUACCUUUAGACGUUAACACGAGUUCUUACUACAACUCAGACAUAUUCACUACCACUUCAAACAAAAAAAACGUCAACUUCACCAAUGAUCCAAACUACAGAUUCCCAGAUACCUUCGACUUAAGCAGGGUCACAAAUUCACGAAUGAAUUUUGACAAUGCCAACAGAAGAAAUGACGAAAAACUAUUGGUCACAAAUAAUAACGAAGACGAAAGCAUAUCUUCGAAUGCUUCUGAUAAACCUGUUUCCGAAGAAAAUAGUUAA